AAACAAACGGAGAAGGUGAGGCGGCUCGGACGGAAGCACACAGACAUCCUGCAUCUUAUCGUUGAAUGUGAUAUUUCGGAUAAUGCAGUCUUCCAAGAGGAGUGAGAGCGACUGGCAGGGGCUCGUCAGCGAGUUCCUGAUAUGUAAGCGUAAACUGGAAAGUAAGAAAGAGGCCCUGCUCAUUCUGUCUAAAGAGCUGGAUACCUGUCAGCAGGAAAGAGACCAGUACAAGCUGAUGGCCAAUCAGCUGAGGGAGCGUCACCAGGGACUCAAGAAGAAGUACAGGGAACUCAUUGAUGGUGAUCCCUCUUUGCCGCCAGAGAAACGCAAUCAAGUGAACCUGGCUCAGCUGUUGAGAGACUCGAGGGAACGAGUGAAGCAGCUUGCUGAGGAGGUGAAGGAGCUGACUCAGAGGCUUGCGGAGGCCCAGGGGGAUAACAAGCUCCUGAGGAUGACUAUUACUCGACAGAGGCUCGGGGAUGAGGAGGUGGGGGCACGCCACUUCCCUGCCCAUGAACGUGAGGAUCUGGUUCGCCAGCUAGAGAGAGCGGGGCUGCAGAUGGAGGAGAUGGAGCACAACAUGAAGGCUCUGACAGAUGAGCUGCAGGACGUGAAGGCGGAGCGCAACGUGUUCAGGGAGAAAGCCGAUCGACUCAACAUGGAACUCAACCACGUCUUAGGCAACCGUGAGGCUCGCAUCAUUGAUGUGGACGCCCUCUGCAUGGAAAACAGGUAUUUGCAUGAGCGUUUCAGCCAACUGCAGGAGGAGGUGAAUCUGCUGAAGUCAAACAUCAUGAAGUACAAGACAGCUCUUGAGAGGAGGAAAAACUCCAGCACAUAUGGGAAAUCAAACAGCAGUCCCCUCACUGGAGUCCUCUCAGCCAAACAAGUUCAGGAGAUGCUCCUGGAGGAGCAGGGCUGCAGCCUGCCAGCCACACCUCAGUCCAUCUCUGACCUCAAGUCCCUGGCCACAGCUCUGUUGGAGACCAUCCAUGAGAAGAAUCUGGUCAUCCAGCACCAGAGGCACACUAACAGGAUCCUUGGAAACAGAGUUGCAGAUUUGGAAAGAAAGCUAAAGACCUUGGAGGUUUCAGGACUGUGGAGCCUUCCAGGGACACGGGAGAAUAUCACACUGAAUGAAAACCUUCAACCAGAGCUUCAUCCAACACGCGCUCCUUCCCAGCCAAACAUGCCCAGAGUGCGGCCACCCAAAGAUGACAGAAGUUCACAUGAAUCACCCUGGGAAAGGCACAACGCUGGCAGCGACCUUGGCACAGAUGGUGUCAGCAGGGAAGACGCACCUGCACUGCUCAACAGUCAGGAGCCUCGAACAGGGGUGGAGACGAAUGGGAUUGACAGGAGAGGGGGAGAAGUAGUGACCCUGACGGAAGAUCCAGUCUCCUUAGAGCUGGAGGAGGGGCGGAGUCCAGUGGAAGAGGCGGGACAUGAGGUAGAAGGAGUUGAAGAUGAAGAACUAGGUUCCACAGUGGAGGAAGGAGAAGAAGCGGCAUUGGCGCUGGAUGUGCCACCCACCAAAUCAGACCUUCCAUGGCUUCCAGUUAAACAGGCCUCUGUCGAUCCUUCAGAGGUGGGUCAUCAGCCCUGUGAAACCCAGGACAGUAAGUCUUUCAAUGUACCUGAACAUGUAGAAGCCUCUGUAUCAAUUCCAGAGAACCAAGCCACAGAGGUGUCAAGUACAGGGGAGUGGGACAUUCACUGUCAGUCUGCGCAGAGUGACACCUGUCAUAGUGACAACUUGGCAUGAUCUGAAGUCACAGAAAGACUUGAGAAGUUUAUUUUAAUCCUGGUCCGUGUUGUUCUGUAUGAUGAUUGCAUUAAUCAUCUGUAGUUGCAUUCCCACAGCGUAGCCACCGCUCACCAGCUCCCUGCUCCAGCUGACAGCUCUGUUUUAGUCAAUAAAACACAGAGAAAACACUUUCACUUUUCAGCCACCGUUGACAGAGCCGGAGGUGCAUUUGUAUCUAGACAGGCUUGUUACUGCGCAGGAACAGGCAAUCUUGAAAUCAAUGGAGUUGCAAACUUCAUGCCCUACAGGAAGAGAGUAGCUACGAAAAUAACAAAUAUGGCAGCCUCAACGCCUGGUCCCCGUAUUCCCUUCUUAUUUUCCCCUGCGAUAAGAGAGUCCCAAUUGUUUGCUUAUUCCUCUUCCUAAGGGAUGCCAAUAAACUGAGUGCUGCAUUUCACUGUUACUCUCAUAGGGGAUUCAGAUUGGCUCCAAAACUUCUAAUGAAUUUGUUGUAGAUAUGUGUAAAAUAAUAAUAUUAA